AUGAGUGCCUCUUCAGUUCAUCAAAAUAUAUUGAUAUCAAAUUAUCAAAUAAGCAUAAUUAAUUAUGAUUCGGUUGAAAUCAAAAACAUAAUAUUUACUUUACAUCGUGGAUUUAUUUUAGAAAAUACUAACAAAAAGGUUGAUAUAACAUUAAAAAACGUAAUUUUCAUUCAAAGCAACUUUUCUGAUGAAACAAUUAUUAAAACUUAAUAGUAUGGUAAUAUUGUAUUCUUGAAUUUUAAGAUUACAUUUCUAUCUUAAUAAUUCUACCUUUUUUGAGUUUUGAAAACAAUCGAUUUCAAUUUCAAUUAAAAUACAAAAACUAACUAUUAAUUUCAAAAUAAACAAUAGACAAGCAAUAAUAACGAUUGAGGAUAUUCUUAUUGAAAAUUGUUAAAUGUUCAAUUCUUCAUUUUCUCUUUCUAAUCAGAUUUAAACAAUGA